UCGGUAUAGUCUGGCGAGCUAACAUCUUAUACACUAUAAAAGUUUGUAGGAACUCGGCCUCAAUUCAUAUCGGGGAUUGUAACGUGCUUGUGGGUAGACACAAUGACAACACUCUCCACCUUCCUUGUUUUGUGUCUUCUAGUUGGUGUCAGUCAGGCGGCGUCACUGCGGCAGCUGAUCGGUGUGUGUGCGGAGCUGUGUCCUGAAGCUGGGUGUCCUACAGGGUACGUGUGUCACUCCAACGGCUGUGGACACCAGUGCUACCCUUCCACCUCGGUCAUAGACUGCAGGCUGAGGCCGGUGUGCGCCCUGUUCUGUGCCAAUGGCUACGCCCGGGGAAGCGAUGGGUGUCCGCUGUGUGCCUGCCUGAUUGAUGGAGUUGUCGCCGAGUAAUAAAACACACUUCUUGUGAUAUAAAAAGUGCGUGCACCCAA